AUGUCGGGGCGCCAGGGAGAAAGCAGGCAGGACACCAUCCGCCGAAGCCUCCGCAGGGGCGGCCACGGCAGCGUCGAGUCUGUGGUGCCCGGCGAGGGAGCGGCCCCCAUGAUGGAUGCGGGGGGCACUGGAGACCGGCCAGAGCCAGGGCCAGGCCUGCGCCGGGGCGAGAUCCAGUUCGGGGGGUGCGGGAAGAAGCGAGGCAGGUUCGUGAAGGUGCCGAGCGACGUGUCCCCCGCUGUGCUCUUUGACCUCCUGAGAGCCGAGUGGCACCUGCCGGCCCCCAACCUCGUGGUGUCCCUGGUGGGCAUGGAGCGGCCUUUCACCAUGAAGUCCUGGCUGCGGGACAUCCUGCGCAAGGGGCUGGUGACGGCAGCUCAGAGCACAGGCGCCUGGAUCCUGACCAGCGCGCUCCGGGCGGGCCUCACCCGGCACAUCGGGCAGGCGGUGCGCGACCACUCGCUGGCCAGCACGUCCCCCAAGGCCCGCGUGGUGGCCAUCGGCAUCGCCUCCCUGGGCCGCGUGCUGUACCGUCAGCUUCUGGACGGCGCCCAGGAGCACAGCCCUGUCCACUACCCCAUGCACGACGGCGGAGGCGGGGGCCCCCUCUGGCCCCUGGACAACAACCACUCCCACUUCAUCCUGGUGGAGCCGGGCGCCCCUGGGGAGGUGGACGGGCCGACGGAGCUGUGGCUGCGGCUGGAGAGGCACAUCUCGGAGCAGAGGACCGGCUACGGGGGGACCGGCAGCAUCGAGAUCCCUGUCCUGUGCCUGCUGGUCAACGGCGACCCCGGCACCCUGGAGAGGAUUUCCCGGGCCACGGAGCUGGCCGCCCCCUGGCUGAUCCUGGCGGGCUCGGGGGGCGUGGCGGACGUGCUGGCUGCGCUGCUCAGCCAGCCGCGCCUCCUGGUGCCCCAGGUGGUGGAGAAGCAGCUCAGAGAGAAGUUCCCCGGCGAGCAUUUCUCCUGGGAGGACAUUCUGCACUGGACGGAGCUGCUGCAGAACAUCGCCUCCCACCCGCACCUGCUUACCGUGCACGACUUCGAGCAGGAGGGCUCCGAGGGGCUGGACACCGUGAUCCUCAAGGCGCUGGUGAAAGCCUGCAAGAGCCACAGCCAGGAGCCGCGGGACUACCUGGACGAGCUCAAGCUGGCCGUGGCCUGGGACCGCGUGGACAUCGCCAAGAGCGAGAUCUUCAAUGGGGACGUGGAGUGGAAGUCCCGCGACCUGGAGGAGGUGAUGAUGGACGCGCUGGUGAGCGACAAGCCGGAGUUCGUGCGCCUCUUCGUGGACCACGGCAUGGACGUGGCCGACUUCCUGACCUACGGGCGGCUGCAGCAGCUGUACCAGGCCGUGCCCCCCAAGAGCCUGCUCUUCGCGCUGCUGCAGCGCAAGGCCGAGGAGGGCCGCCCGGCGCCGCUUGCCCGGGGGGCGCCGCCCGCGGCGCCGCCCGCCUUCUCCCUGCACGAGGUGUCCCGCGUGCUCAAGGACUUUCUGCGCGACGCCUGCCGGGGGCUCUACCAGGUGAGCGGGGCGCAGGAGGCUGGGCCGGCGCCACGGGGCCCGGCCCGGAGGCCCGCCGGCCAGAAGGGGCUGCUGGACCUGAGCCAGAGGAGCGAGAGCCCGUGGCGGGACCUGUUCCUGUGGGCCGUGCUGCAAGGCCGCCACGAGAUGGCCACCUACUUCUGGGCCAUGGGCCAAGAGGGUGUGGCCACCGCUCUGGCCGCCUGCAAGAUCCUCAGAGAGAUGUCCCACCUGGAGGCGGAGACGGAGGGGGCCCACGCCACGCGCGGGGCGGCGUACGAGCAGCUGGCCCUGGGCCUCUUCUCCGAGUGCUACAGCAACAACGAGGACCGCGCCUUCGCCCUGCUGGUGCGCCGCAGCCGCUGCUGGAGCAGGGCCACCUGCCUGCACCUGGCCACCGAGGCCGACACCAAGGCCUUCUUCGCCCACGAAGGGGUGCAGGCCUUCCUGACCAAGAUCUGGUGGGGGGACAUGGCUGCGGGCACGUCCGUCCUGCGGCUGCUGGGCGCCUUCCUCUGCCCCGCCCUCCUCUACACCAGCCUCAUCACCUUCAGAGAGGAGGCCCCCCUGAGGGAGAGCCAGGAGGACCUGCAGGAGCCGGACAGCCUGGACACCGAGCGGAGGCUGCUCUGCAGGCCUGGCAGCGGGGCGGAACAGCUGGCCGCAGCGCCGAGGACCCGGGGCAGGCGAGGGCCCCGGGCGGCCUCCCUGCUGGCGCGCUGGCGGAAGUUCUGGGGCGCUCCGGUGACCGUGUUCCUGGGGAACGUGCUCAUGUACUUUGCCUUCCUCUUCCUCUUCACCUACGUCUUGCUGGUGGACUUCAGGCCCCCGCCUCAGGGGCCCUCAGGGCCUGAGGUCACCCUUUACUUCUGGGUCUUCACCCUGGUGCUGGAGGAGAUCCGGCAGGGCUUCUUCACGGACGAGGACACGCACCUGAUGAAGAAGUUCACGCUCUACGUGGAGGACAACUGGAACAAGUGCGACAUGGUGGCCAUCUUCCUGUUCAUCAUCGGCGUCGCCUGCAGGAUGCUGCCCGCGGUGUUCGAGGCCGGCCGCACGGUCCUGGCCAUCGACUUCAUGGUGUUCGCACUCCGCCUCAUCCACAUCUUCGCCGUCCACAAGCAGCUGGGCCCCAAGAUCAUCAUCGUGGAGCGCAUGAUGAAGGACGUCUUCUUCUUCCUCUUCUUCCUGAGCGUGUGGCUCGUGGCCUACGGCGUGGCGACUCAGGCGCUGCUGCACCCGCACGACAGCCGCCUGGAGUGGGUGUUCCGCCGCGUGCUCUACCGGCCCUACCUGCAGAUCUUCGGGCAGAUCCCGCUGGACGAGAUCGACGAGGCCCGCGUGAACUGCUCCGCGCACCCGCUGCUGCUGGAGGGCUCGCCCUCCUGCCCCAACCUCUACGCCAACUGGCUGGUCAUCCUUCUGCUGGUCACCUUCCUGCUGGUCACCAACGUGCUGCUCAUGAACCUGCUCAUUGCCAUGUUCAGCUACACGUUCCAGAUGGUGCAGGGCAACGCGGACAUGUUCUGGAGGUUCCAGCGCUACCACCUCAUCAUGGAGUACCGGGAGCGCCCUGCGCUGGCCCCGCCGUUCAUCCUGUUCAGCCACCUGAGCCUGGUGCUCAAGAGGGUCUUCCGAAAGGAGGCCGGGCAGAAGCGGGCACGCCUGGAGAGAGACCUGCCGGAGCCCCUGGACCAGAAGAUGGUCACCUGGGAGGCGGUGCAGAAGGAGAGCUACCUGAGCAAGCUGGAGAAGCGCAGGAGGGACAGCGAGGAGGAGGUGCUGCGGAGGACCGCCCACAGGGUUGACAUGAUGGCCAAGCACCUCGGGGGGCUGAGAGAGCAAGAGAAGCGCAUCCGGGGCCUGGAGUCACAGGUCAACUGCUGCACGGCCCUGCUGUCCUCCCUGGCCGACAGGCUGGCCCAGGGCACUGCCAUCCCCGAUGCCCGGAACCCUGGCACCAGAAGCCACCAGGCCCCUGCCGGGCCUGGAAGGGGCCCAGGGUGCAGGGAGCACCUGCAGGCGAGCCCGCUGCCCUCGGACACCUGA